ACGUACACACCGCAGGUUAAAACGGCGUACUGCCCUCCGGUUUCUCUGACUGAGGAAGGAAUCCGGCUCUCUGUCUUCAGCCCUUGACGGCGCCCUUCUGGGCCCUUUUUAUCUACCGGUCUGUCUGUCUAUUUAUUUAUUUAUAUAUCGCCUUCCAUUUAUGUAUAUACAUUCGAUUUGACGUCACAGAGGCUGCAUCAUGGCCACGCUGAGAACACUGCGGAAGCUUUGCCAGCAUACUCACCAUCAAGCAUGUAGCCUUCAUUUAUCGGCGUCAAGACAAGAGGCCGUGGUUAUCUCGGGCAGGAAGCUGGCCCGCCAGAUCCGUGAUGAGGCACGUGCUGAUGUGGAAGACUGGGUCUCUGCUGGUAACCGACGACCCCACCUAAGUGUGGUGCUAGUGGGUGACAACCCAGCCAGCCAUUCCUAUGUGCUGAACAAAACUCGUGCCGCUGCUGAUGUGGGCAUCAGUAGUGAGACCAUACUGAAACCCUCUUGCAUUUCUGAAGAAGAGCUGCUGGAGCUGAUUGACAAACUCAACACUGAUCACAGAGUAGAUGGUCUUCUGGUCCAGCUGCCUUUGCCUGAACACAUUGACGAGCGCCGCAUAUGUAAUGCAGUCUGCCCAGACAAAGAUGUUGAUGGCUUCCAUGUGGUCAAUGUUGGUCGUAUGUGUUUGGACCAGUCCACUAUGUUGCCUGCCACACCAUGGGGAGUGUGGGAGAUCAUUAAGCGUACAGGCAUUCCCACGCUCGGGAAAAAUGUAUUGGUAGCUGGUCGUUCGAAGAAUGUGGGUAUGCCCAUUGCUAUGCUGCUACACACAGAUGGAAGGCACGAAAGGCCAGGAGGUGAUGCCACAGUAACCAUCUCCCACCGUUACACCCCUAAGGAGCAACUUCGCCAGCACACAAAAAUAGCUGACAUCAUUGUUGCAGCUGCAGGUAUUCCUAACCUCAUCACUGCAGAUAUGAUAAAGGAAGGCGCAGCGGUUAUUGAUGUAGGCAUCAACAGAAUACAAGACCCACUGACUGGAAAAAACAAGCUUGUUGGUGAUGUGGACUUUGAAGGUGUGCGAAAGAAGGCCAGCUAUAUCACUCCAGUCCCAGGAGGCGUUGGACCCAUGACUGUUGCCAUGUUAAUGAAAAACACUAUUAAGGCAGCAAAAAACCUUCUUUUGACCCCUCCAGAGAGGGUGCGCAUGGUAGCGUCCUCUUAACACUCUUGGCCACCCUUCCCCUGCAUUUCACAUUCCAUACCCCUGUUUGCUUUGGGAGGAUCUCCCUGAUGGGAAUGCAAUAGCUUUAAGUCCUAUUUUUGGAUACCACACUCUUUGUAGCUCCUAGCUCCACGUAGGUCAACUCGGUUCUACAAAGUGAAUGACUUGGAAAUACUAAAGGUUUGGCAAAGUGAAUGUAUUAGUUUUGUGCAUUCACACAUCUCCAACUAAAACGAUGAGCUUUGUAUAAUGUGUCUAGAUAAUGUGCCUCAAAAGUUCUGCUUACUUAACAAAGAUUCAUAAGUUUUGAUUUUACAGCUUCUUAUUUAUGCUUUGUUAGACUCUUUGAUAGGUUGACAGUUGCUCAUUCCUUUGAAAUGCAAGCAUAUUUAUUUAUUUUCAGAGUAAAUGUAACAUUUUGUUGUGCACAGAGAGAUUCACAUUAAUAUUAGAAUUUCAGUUGUUCUUUUAUGCAUAUAAAUAGGAGGGGUGAUCCUGGAGCAGUGGUUUAAGGGAGAGAGUGGAAACAAAGAGACACUAAAGCGGAAAUGUUAACACCCAAAUAUGACUGGUCAGAUUUCUAUAUGGGGAAAAAAAGCUUUAAGUUUACAUUGCAAAUGCUUUUGUACAUAUAGGUCAAAUAAAUAACAGUAUUCAACUCAAA